UGUGUAUGACCAACAAGGAGGGGUAGGAUCAAGCACUUCAUACGUACCAGUUUUCAUAGAUCCAUUUGUAAUAGCGUAGGUAACUGUUGUAUAUAUAGUGUGGUUUGUUUCGAAACGGGUUCGGUGUUAUUUUUCUUGUUAUAUAUUUAUGCGUUCUGAUUCGGUGAAAGUAAGGGAUUCGAGCUUUUUCAUUCCAAGUGUUUCAAGGACGCGGGAAUUCCUGUCAGUGUGCAAGAAUUAAACAUUACUUCGAAAUAAUCAAGUCUAUAGAUCAGCCUGUAACGAAAGAGUGACCAAAUAUGAUGGACCAAGGAUUUCCAGGGCAACAUACCACUACGACGACGGUAACGACAUCGGUUACUACCACACAACCCACUAUUCGAUUUGAUCCAUCUUAUACAAGAACAUUGCCCGGCAUGCUAAAGAUUGCUCAAGUGGUUUUGAAUCUUCUAGGGUUCAUAUGUAUCACCGUAUCGAGUCAGAGUAACUCGAGCCGGGGAGGAUGGUUUAAUACAGUAGCCAUGGCUGGAUUUUGGUUCACAGGAAUUUUGCUCGUAUUUUAUCUGUUCCAUAUCAUCGAAAAAUUUUCCAAAAUUCCUUGGCUGAAAGUUGAAUUUAUAUUCUGCGCACUCUGGGCGGCGUUUUAUGUGCUCGCUGCAUCCCUCGCAGCGGACUAUGCUAUACACGUGGAAUCUUUCGGUGUUGCAGCUUUCUUUGGAUUUUGCGCGAUGGUGGCCUAUGGUUACGAUGCCUGGUUAAAGUUUCAAGCAAUUAGGAGUGGUGCCUUAGCACAGGGUCAGCAUACCCCUAAACAAACCUCCACAGUGACGAGUCCUGCGUAUUAAUUUGGAUUCGUACAGGAAAAGAAUGGACCAAUUUUUAAACAUAUCGUUGCUUUUAUGCAUAAGAUCUACCGGAAUAGGUGUAGCAUGUCUGUUGUGUGUUCCAGGCUGUACCCUCCGCACACAACACACACUACAAAAAUAGGGCAUGAUGGAUUGACCUUGUAAAAUUUGAAUGGGUUACAUGUGUAAUUAACAUACAUACGCACAUGUGAUAUUACACAAGCACGAUAUUUGUUUAACCGUGUAUCUUUGUACUAUAAGGAGAUGUUAUACCAAUAUUCUAGUAUAUGUGUAUGUUUUCUCAUCUAUACACAUAUUAAUCGAGUCGUACGAUAAUUGUAUAUUGCGUCAUGAGUUUCUAACGUAGGUCUGUUAAUAUUGAAAUGAUAUUUUUGGAUCAAUAGUGUAUACAUAUACAUACAUAUAUAUUGUAUAUACAUAUAUACAUAUGUUUGUAUACAUGUAUAAAAAAACGUGUAAGGAUAUGUUUAAUCAGUAUUGUGUUCAUGCUCGAAGACGGCAGAUUUGCAACAUUUUUACUCAUUUUUAUAUUUAAUUUUGUACGUAUCGUAUUCGAUCGUAUUGCGUCCCAUUAAUUAUACAUAUAGUGGCAACUAGGCAGACAAUUAUCCAUCUUAUUUAUAGAUUGUGCAUAUCGAGUGGGAGGAAAGGUUAAUGACAGAACAUGCAAUUUAACAUGUUUAAGUUAUUCGAAUUUUACCGUUGUUGCAUGCAUCUGCGAAAUACCGAUAACUAGCGGUAAGGGUAAUUUGUUAUAAUUUAUCAAUUACUAUGAUAUUAUGCAAUGUAUUACUUAUUAUGUCUCGGUAUUUUUAUUCGAUAAACUUCGUACAGGUACCUACAAUCAUAUUUACACAAUACAGAAAUACAUCCUAAAUAAUUUAAAUACGAAUUUUGAACAAUACCAACACAACGACAGUCAUCACAAUAAAGCUUAUAAUAUUAAGUGC